GAUGGACGGCUUCGUUGUUCUCGACACGGAGAACAGCGUCGCCAUCGGAGGUGACGUUUCCAAUUAGGGCUCGUAUUGAAGAAAUGGAACCGCGAAUUUUUCUUUGCCUUUCUUUCCCUUGUUGAGAAAUGCAGCUGUAGAGCACCGCAAAUUUAGGUUUCCUAGAAAUUUCCUUUUGGUUUUUUAUUUUUUUUAGCUGAGAUAAUCAGAAUUGUGGUAUGUAUGUGGAAGUGCAAAAUUUGACGCUUUAGUUUAAUGUACUAAUUAGGAUUCUAGGGUUUUUGUUUUGUGCAUGUAUGGUUUUCUAAGAAUGUGUUAGUGCCUAAUUGGACGAUUCUUCUUUGAGAUAAAAAAAUUAGAACUUUAGAAAUGGAUGAUUUCUCCACUUGGUGGUGUUUGGAGAUUCGAAAAUAUAUGGCGUUGCUUUGAGGAACUGAAACGUAGAGAGAAGGCCUAUUUGGAAUUUUUAAUGGGUGCCUAUAGUGGUUUUCUGUGCUCAUGUAUUUUGUUGAGCACCUGAAGGCUUAAAUUGGAUUUAAAGUUAAAUGGUUUUUCUUGGACAGAAGAUGGAUUUGAUGCAUAUAUUGAAAUAUAAGAGGCUGAAAGAGAAUAAUUAGGAUUAGACAAUAAACGCAGAUCAUCUUGAACAUGGUUGCCUAGACCAAAAUAGAUACUCCCUUAAUCCCAAAAUUAUUGUCUUGUUUGGUGUACUUAAUUUUUGAUUUCAAAGUCUUCGUGUUAUAACUCAGCCAAUUACUUCUCAUAAGAUGGACGUUUCAAUUUUCACUUGCCAAAUCAAAACGAAAGAAUCUGUUUUCUGAUGUCUCUUCAAAUAAAUUUCCACCUAAACAGUCACACAUAUCGUCUGUCAAAAAUGUUUGAUGUUGGGAUUGUUUUUGAACAAUGUCAUUACACAACAACAUCAAUUGCUUUAGUAAGGUGGUUCACAAUCAGAACUUUUAGCUUCAUGAAACUGAUUUUCACCUCAGUAAUAUACCAAGGCAGCUACUUUUCUUUUUUGUUGCGAGAUAUAUCAGACCUUUCCUGGUCUUUGGUGAAUAAAAUUUUCACCUUCCCCACAAGAGCUGAAUCUGAGAUCAUACCAGCAUCACUUCCCAAUUUUAUGAUGUCAAGGUCUCCAUGAAUUUGAUUGAGUAUGAAUUCACUUAAAACAGGCUUUUGGUGGAAGUGGAACAAUUUUUUGGAUUUUUUAUUUUAUGUGCACUGAUAUCAAGGACUCAGUAGUUUCCAAGAAAUGCAAACAGAAGCAUGUCAUUAAGGUUUUACUAUGGUAAAACUUUACCUGUGUAUCAUCUCCUCUGUUAAUGAAUUAUUUUGUUAUACCGUUAUGUUGCAAGGUAAAGCAGAUCUACAAAAAGCUACUAAGGCUUCGUUUGCAAAUACGUCGAGACAAAAGCUUGGAGACAUAAGCAACUUACCCCGGCAAACAAGGAUUUCAACACGAGAUAACAAGCCUCAAUUUAUGCCACUUCCCACCAAUGAUUACAUCAACCAACUCCAAAAGGAAAACAAGGCUCUCUCGAAGCUUUUAGAAGAGAGGACUAAACUAGUUGAUGUAAGUGGGGCUGAGCUAAGGAGAAUGAGGAUAACUCUGCAGAAAAUGCAGCUUCAGAAUCAUCAGUUAGCCCAGUCAAACAGCCAAUUGUUGGCGGAACUAAAUUCAGGUAAAGAUAGGCUAAAAGCAUUACAGCAUGAACUUGGAUGCCAAAAUGGGUUACUUAAAGCAAAGAGCUUCGAAAUGCAGAGUACUAAGUACAAAGCUGAAAAGGAGUCAAAGGUAGGGUUGGAGGAUGAGAAGCUCGGAGAUGCGAAAAGGAGGCCCCAGUCAAAGAGUUUAGGCUCUUCUCUGCAGGUUGAAUCAAGGAAUAUGAAUGAUAAUAAGAGGCCCUGUAAAAGAAGGCAGUCUGCUAAGUUUGAACGUACAGAACUGAGAGCUGAUGAUGAUUUUUUCCCAGUUGAUAUCAGAACAUCUGAAUGCCAAACUAGUAAUGGUGCAGUCCAAGAGAACAAGAAUGGAUCAGCUACCAUGAACAUCCCACUUAUAGAUGAACAGAGAGAAAAUGACAUUGCCCCUCAACCUCAAGUAGAAGUCAACCCUGAGAGGCCAAGGGGAAGAAGGCGGUCAACUAGGUUGAAACCAGCAGAAACCAAAACUUUGGUAGAUUCUAUGGAGAUACCUGAGGAAAAUGGUUCUGGAUGUUUAGACAGAAACGACAUGGAGGGAAAUGGUGGCCCAUCAACAAUUGAAGAGAAAGAAAGCUAUCCAGUUCCUAUUCCCAAGGCUCAAGAGUUUCGAAGGAGUUCUCUUAGCAGGCCCCAACGGCAAGCAGUUAAGAAAGUUCAGAGUUACAAGGAAAUUCCCCUCAAGGUAAAAAUGCGCAGACAGGAAUGA